AUGGACACCAAGACCAACAAGAAAAAAGUCCAAGAUCGCCGUUGCGUUCCUUUCGGCAGCAAAACAUGGCUAGAUAACCUGGACCAUCUCUUCAACUCAUGCCACAAAGUCAGCUCGAAGAUAGCAGCAGAGGCAGAAGAGACCAAGACAAAACCAUUUAGUCAAGAGCUCGUCUGGACUCCAGGCAUCACUCUCACUCAAAAGCAAAAAGACAACAACUCCCUUUGGCCCUACUUUGGGACUCCGGACCCUGGCAAUCCCAAGCGAAUCCCACCCGACCACGUCCGUCUCUCAGACUGGUGGGUGGCAGCGGUGAUGACCAACGAGGAUAUUUCUGCGAGACAACGAGGUCUGAAAUGGUCCUUCGACUUCGAAAUAACCGGGCAGCCGAGGAUAGCGAGGAUGCCCCGCGGGGAUCCAGUCAUUGUCGAGCGUAAUGGCAAAUGCUUCAUCCCGGUCGUCAAGCUGUAUUACUUGUUAUGUGGACAGAAUUAUGCGCUGCGGUUUCCCUGGAUUGUCAACUACCCGGACAAGACGAGGGGUUUCGUUUGGACGAACCUGUUUCAACUGCCUCCCGCCAUGACUGCUCGUGACAGACCGCAGGCGAAUUUCCCUUCCGCAGCCUUGAAGACAUACACGAAGGGUGCAUUGCUCACAUUUGAUCUUGAGUCUAAUUCAAUCAAAUGCCUGCAGGAGGAGCUGGAUGCCAAUAAUGACGAUACUGAGUCUGUUUCCACCAAAGAAGACGAACGAUCUACCCCCGCUCUGUCUCAAGCGUCCCCUGGCAAAAAGGAAAAGACAUCCCAAGCGACCUCAACACAGGUGUCCCCUUCAAAGAAAACAAAGGUCUGCAAAGACAAAAAGAGUUUACAAGCUCCCCAGUCCCAGCAGACGCCCGCUAAUAGCGGUUUUGCCUCUUUGUUUACCUCACCCAAUCUCCUUGACCCACGGAUCGUCGAGCUGCAGGAGGAGGUGAAGACGCUUGAGACGACAUGUCAAUCGCUUCGUAUCGAUGUCGAAUCUUCAAAUAGGGUCGCUGAGCGUUUGAAGAAUGCCUUGGAUGUCGCUCAAAAGGAACGCGACAUCGCUAUCAGCGCAAAAGAUGCAGCUGUCCAGGAGCGCGACCAGGCUAGGCACAUGGCUGAAAGCACAUCGAACAAGCUGAAUGAUGCCCUCAUUAACUUGGACAUACUACGCGCUGAUAACAGUGAGAAGGACAAGGAGAUCGAAAGGCUUCUGCUUCAGUUAUUCCAAGCGACGCCACAAACCCAAACAGCCUCUCAAUCAGACUACAACGUGUCUGCAACUCCCACUGCCUCUACUCCAGCUGAAGCAACUGCGCAAAGCUCUUCAAUCUCGGACACGAACACAACAAGUCCAGGUCCUCUGCCAGAAAAGACAGAUCCAGACAAACUUAGUUCCACCAACGACGCAACCCAAACUGCCGAUGAGACCAACCGCUUGGUCUCUAUCGAAGCAGCCAUCCGCAGACUGGUCAAGGAUACGAACUUGCGAUUCAAGAAUCUUCGUGGUGAAGUUACGCGCGUUCAGGAGACGCUGGGACUCAUUGGUGGCAAGAGUGAUCGCAGUGGUGAUGACGAGGAUUCUAACUCACCGACCGACCUCAAUCCCGUCAGCAUGAACGGUGCAUCUGAAGGUGCUUGA